AUGUCAUCCCUUGCCGGUGCCCUAGAUCAGCCCGCAAGCUACAACCACGUCCCACCUGCCAACCCAGGAGGGUUCACUGACCAAGACGUGGACAUGAAUGCCCCAAGCAGUGACGUUCUUCUGAAGGAGGAAGAAGACGCCGCGACCAUUUCUGGAGUGCUUGAAGAAAGGGUCCAAGACGAGGAAAUGGAAGAUCUCUUUGGAAAUGAUGCAGACGAAAAGCAUGACGUUGUAGAUGCGAAAUCAGACAGUGCCCCUGCCGUUACCCCUGCUGAAUCAGGUUUCGAGUCGGAUGAUCUCUCACAGACGGAGAAAGAACACCGCCAAGCACUGGAAUAUCUAGAGCCUGAAGAGCCUGGUAUUGUCGUUGAACAGGUCCGAGAGGCUGACGUUCGCAUUCCCAACAUUCCGGUUCCAAAGAGCUCAGAUGGGGAUCACUGGGCAAUUAGAAUGCCAACGUUUGUCAAAAUGGAUUCAAAGCCGUUUCACCCGGACACAUACAUCGGUCCCGAACACGAUGAAGAUGAUAACCAACACAAUGAGAACGUUCGCGAGAAGAGCAUGUCUAUCAAGCUCAAAGUCGAAAAUACCGUACGCUGGCGGUGGACCAAAGAUGAAUUUGGUCAAGAUAAAAGACAAUCAAACAGUCGCGUGAUCCGUUGGUCUGAUGGUUCUCUCAGCCUACGAUUAGGCAAGGAACUGUUUGAUAUCACCAAAACCGUCGACACGUCCGGCGGUGUCGUACGUCAAUCAUUAGGAGGCACUCAGCCGUCACAGGCAUCACAAAGCCAGCCAGCAGCAUCACAAAACAUGCUUCCUAGCUCGAGAUCUCAAGGUCUAACAUAUCUGGUCGCACAACACAAACGAUCAGAGGUGCUCCAAGCGGAAACUGUCGUCACGGGGUACAUGACACUGCGACCGACGGGCAUGCAGUCUGAAACGCAUCGUAUGCUGGUGCGCGCGGUUGGUCAGAAACAUAACAAAGUGGCGCGACUACGUAUGGCGCCUGAUCCAACCAUGGACCCUGAGCGCGAGAAGAUGGAGUUGAUGAGGCAAUCGGCUCGGAAAUCCAAAAAGAAAACUGACGAUUCUGGACUUGGUGUUCAUAAAAAGAGGUACAGUCAAUCGAGGAAAAGACAGGGACACGAUAUCUGGUCGGAGGAUGAAGAGGAACCGGAGUAUGAAGGUUCAGAGGACGACGAUGAUAUUGGUGCUUCCAAAAGAAAGGCAGAUGAACAGAGGAAAAGGGGUCCCGGCGAAUACCAAGAGGAUGAUUUCGUGGUCGCGGACGAGUCAGACGAUGAUGCGGAGUUUGAUGGAGAGGUCAAGCCAAGGAAAAAACGGAAACACCGAGAUGCAGAGGAAGAGGAUCCGCUUGAUCAGCUUGAUGCUAAAAUUAUCCAGCGGCAGCAAGAUGACCGGAAACGGAAACACCAAGACUCCGGAAACGACAGAGCCACGACAGAAGGAGGGGAAGAUGGCGCAGAGGAAGAUGAUGACCAAGACAUGGACAUCGAAAGCGAGGAAGAGGAGGAGGAGCAUAGGGUUCGGAAAGCCGGAUCUGGCGCACGGAAAAAGAGAACGAUGGCGCUCGACGACGAUGAAGAGGAAUAA